GGUCAGCUGCCCUGUCCGGCAGGUGCUCUGCUGACAGCACCCUUCCUCCUACAGCUUGGCUCCUCACACAGACCUAAGGAAAAACGAACAGUAACCAAGAAAGAACUGUCCACAAUGCCACAAAACGUUAUUCUCCAAGGACCGGCACCCUGGGGAUUCAGGCUUUCAGGAGGAAUAGAUUUUAACCAACCCUUAAUCAUAUCCAGGAUUACACCUGGAAGCAAGGCUUCAGCUGCCAACCUGUGCCCUGGUGAUGUUAUUGUAGCUAUUGAUGGUCUAAGCACAGAGAACAUGACACAUAAUGAUGCCCAGGAGAGAGUUAAAGCAGCUGCACAUCAGCUUUGUUUGAAAAUAGAGAGGACAGGAACUAAAUUAUGGUCCCCACAAGUUUCAGAAGACGGCAAAGCACAUCCCUUCAAGAUAAAUUUGGAAGCUGAACCACAGGAUAUGAACUACUUUGAACACAAGCAUAAUAUUCGGCCCAAACCUUUCAUAGUCUCAGGCCGAAGCAGUGGAUGCAGCACUCCUUCGGGGAUUGACUGUGGCAGUGGACGCAGUACUCCCUCUUCAAUUAGCACGGUUAGCUCUAUCUGCCCUACUGAGCUGAAAGCAAUGUCUAAGAUGGCCCCUAACAUUCCCUUGGAAAUGGAGCUUCCUGGUGUCAAGAUUGUACACGCUCAGUUUAACACACCUAUGCAGUUGUACUCAGAUGACAAUAUCAUGGAAACACUGCAAGGCCAAGUUUCUACAGCUCUGGGGGAAACACCCGUAAUAAGUGACCCCUCUCCCAACUCAGUGCCUCAGUCUGACGUGUACAAGAUGCUGCAUGCCAACCAGGAGGAGCCCGGUCAACCUCGCCAGUCUGGCUCCUUUAAGGUGCUCCAGAAUUUAGUCUCCGAGGAAGGUGAUGGACGCCCCGUGGGUACAAGAAGUGUGAAAGCACCUGUAACAAAGAUACCUACUGCCAUGCCUGGUGUCCAGAAAGUGCCACUGUGUGACAAGUGUGGGAAUGGGAUUGUGGGAACAGUGGUGAAGGCACGUGAUAAAUACCGGCACCCAGAAUGUUUUGUGUGCUCUGACUGCAAUCUCAACCUGAAACAAAAAGGCUACUUCUUUGUGGAGGGCCAACUAUACUGUGAAGCUCAUGCACGAGCUCGCAUGAGGCCACCAGAGGGAUAUGAAGCUGUUACCGUUUACCCAAAAUGCUAGUCUUACGUUAACACACAAAUAUAUGCAUGCACACAAAAAGCCAUUAACAGCUUAGAACUGCCGUACAAGUGUCAGGACUUCUGCCUGAUUCCAAAGUAGCAGCUUUUAAACCUUUUCUUGUGGGAUUCUGAGGGAGGUGGAAGUCCCUAUUAGCCAGCAGUAACAUAUUAUACCAGUAAAAUUCUGCUAAAAUAUUAUCUUUCAAGUUGCCAAUAUAACUCAAUGAAGUAUAAACUCAAACAGCUCUACUGGAAUAAAAAAAGUGAAACAGCUGAGGUAUUACAUGAUUACUACAGCAUAUACAUAAGUGCUGUAAUCAAGACAUUAUUUUUAACAUAAAUUAAGUAUCUGUGCAAACACCAAAGGCAUCAAAGUGUUACAGGCUGGGCCCUAACAAAUGUAGUAACUUGACAAAUCAUUAGAAAAGCAGCUAUUUUACAUGGAAAGUACAAAGCAAGCAGUUGUUUGUGUCUGCUUCCACCAUCUAUUAUUCAACUACCAUUAAUGUAUGCCAAAAAUAGAUUUUGCUUACUUUGCUUUGAAUUUGGGGUUAUAUUGAUUUAAUUUUCUGAUGCAGUAACUGUGAUAAAGUCAUACAAUAAAAUGACUAGUAUAAUAAAGACUCUUUAGUAAGAAGCAAAACAGAAGUUCUAUGUUGUUUUAAUGAUUUGCAAUGAAAUCAGCUUUCACAUCACUUAGCAGAAAAUUGCUCUGAGGCAUGCAUACACAUACAUUGUUUUUGGGAAAAAAAACCCCACACUCUAAUAGGAACUCACUGCAAAUUAAGAAUGAAAGUAAAUUUUAAAACCUUUCUGCAUAAAAUGGUACUGGUUUUUUGCAUCUCCAUCUUUCAAUUUCCAUAAUAGAAACAAUGGGGAAAUACCAUCAUAAUAUCUUUAUUGCUGGUAAAUUAAAACUUGGACAACUUUAAAAAUAAAUGUUAAUUAAACUAUGCAAAGGAAAAAUCUUUUAUAAAAAGCCUGGUGAAGUCCUAAGGAAAAAAAAAGGCUGAAAGAAUACAGUUUUUAAAUCAAUUUCUGAAACUUUAAGGGCUACAUUGCUUUCAGGUAGGUGCCAGCUACAUAUACACACCUGACUGAUAAACUGAACCUUAGCAUUUUCAAAAAAUAUCAACACAAUUCAUAAAUGAUUUAUUGGGGUAUUUUGAACCUGCUUUAAAGUAGAAAAAUCUACAAAAUUUUAUAUCAAGUCUACAAGACUAGCAGAAAUUAACAACUCAGUGGCAAACAAUCUUCUAUACUUUUCCCAUUCUACAAUACAAGAAGCUUAAAAUGUAAGAAGAAUAUGGAAUCAAAAUAAGAAGCUGUACAUACUUUAAAUUUAUUUUAAAAAUUCAGAUGAGUCCCAAAGCUUGAAAUACAAUGUCCGCAUAUUCAAAGACUUUUCAAAAUGUCUUAAAGUAUUUUUUCAGAAUUUAAAUGUUUUCAAAAUAUGUGUGUCACUGCAUUCAUAACUUAUGUUUGCAUAUCAAAAGCAGACAUAAAAAAAGUGUUGCACCCUUUUAAACGUUAGUUCCUGAAUUAUUUUUGGGCACAAAACAUAAUUCUGCUCCUCGUGUAUCAUGGAGGCUAUGUGUAGCAUUUAUAUUUUUCCACUGAUAAAGUCCAUAAAAUAUAUCUGAAAAUCCUUUUGAAAGUGAGAGUGCACAUAAUGUCUGUUUUUACAAACCUAAAAUGUCAUCGGUGUUUUAAAAUAUUUGCUUAAUGUUAAUUUCUUUGUGGAGUAACUGAAGGUAAAAAUAAAUCUACUACAUACGAUAAA